CCUCGUGCCGAAACCAUAUUAGUCACACAAGCGUUUUGUUUAUCUUUACGUGUAGCGAAAGGGAGGAGCUGCGGCUCUUUAAUUGACCAGUAGCAGUGUGUAACACCUGCAUGUAGAUCGCUCUAACCUGCUGGUUUAAUCAGUGGCGGUUGUGCGGAUUAUUUUGGUGGUAUUGACGGCAGGGUGUACGUGUAAUUGUUUUGUGAAAAGAGAUGCGGUACGCCAGAGAAUGUGCGAGCGUGCUGUCGCCGAGGUCUUUAAUGAGGUCUGUGACUUCAGUGGGCUCCUCAAUCAGCCGACGAGUUCUGUAUUAUCCAGAGGUGCAAUUACGACCCUUCAGAGUAUGUAAUUAUGACCGAAGCAGCAGGAAAGGGGUUGUAGCUGGAACACUGGAUGACCUUAUUAGUAAAGCACUUGCUGCUUUGCCACACAGAACGAGAUCUGUCACACUGGUGCUGGAAGAAGAUGGAACAGUUGUGGAUAAUGAGGAAUUCUUUCAGUCUUUGGAAAUGAAUACCCUCUUCAUGUUGCUAGAGGAAGGGAAGAGAUGGAGAUCUGCUAGGAGUGUCUCUAGUACUCGACAUUCUAAGAAAAAAGGAAUUGCAAAGGUUACAUUUGACCUAUACAAAUUAAAUCCCAAGGAUUUUAUUGGGUGCCUUAACAUCAAAGCAACAUUUUAUGAAAUGUAUACAAUGUCCUAUGACAUCAAAUGUAUGGGAGCAAAGCAUAUACUAAAAAAACUGCUUCGCUACCUCUCCUAUAUUGCUCAGGUCACAGGACAAUUCUUACUUUAUGGAUCCACAUACGUACUGCAGUACACAGAUGAAAGCAGUGACAUUGGAUCAUUGAGGAGCCCAGCAUCUGCAUCAAAUAACUGAUUCUGGAAUAACCAAAUCUGUCAACAAGAGCAGGAACUUUUUCCUUUGAUUCUGGUUUCUUUUUUUUCCCCUCUUUUUAUCUGUAAAGUGUACCUUUUAUCAUGAUCUUGGUAUGAUUUGGUAUUAAUGGAGAAGAAUUGUAUUUGCACAUAUUUUUAACUUAUAUGUUUUCUGUAGUCCUUUUCUGAGUAAGCUCUUCCAAUUGUGAAUACGGAAUAGCUGGACAUUUGUAGUAUUUAUAAUAUAGUGAAAUAUCUAUUGUGCAUUCCUCUUUACACAACAUUGAACUCAUUCAAUUUUUGGUCUACAGAUCCUAAAAUGACUAGACUUUUUUUUUAUAUCUUUGGUCCACAUCGAUUGUAUUUAUUUUAUUUGUUUCUUUACUAUAAAAGAAAUCUGUUUAGUUGUCUUGUAAUUUGUUAUGAUCACUGGUAUAUGUUUUAGUUAUCAAGUGGUGAUGUUAAA